AUGAACACUACACAAGACUCUGAUACCACCACAAGCACCACUGCCUCUGCAGCAGCCUCUUCUGAGGCUGCCCUUGAAGAGGCCCCACCACAACCACCACCAGCUGCUGCUGCUGCUGCAUCAGCAAAACCAGAGCCUCUCAUGUUCUCCAAGGAUCCAAAUGCCCUUGAAAGCGGUGGUGGGAUCAGCUUUCUCACUGGGAGCCGUAAUGCAAGGUUCAGCUAUGGAUUUUCCAGUUUCAAGGGUAAAAGGCCUUCGAUGGAGGAUUAUUUUGAGGCAAAUAUAUCUGACGUUGAUGGCCAGAUGGUUGCAUUUUUUGGUGUUUUUGAUGGUCAUGGAGGUUCAAGGACUGCAGAAUAUCUAAAAAAGAACCUUUUCAAAAAUUUGCGUAGCCACCCAGAUUUUAUCAAAGACACAAAGGCAGCUAUUGUUGAAGUAUUUAAACAAACAGAUGUUGAUUACCUUAAUGAGGAGAAGGGUUAUCAGAGAGAUGCUGGCUCAACUGCAUCAACUGCUUUGCUAUUAGGUGAUCGGCUUUUUGUUGCAAAUGUUGGUGAUUCAAGAGUAGUCGGCUGCAGAGCUGGUUCAGCUAUUCCCUUGUCCAUUGAUCAUAAACCUGAUAGAUCUGACGAACGCCAAAGAAUUGAAGACGCUGGAGGUUUCAUUAUUUGGGCAGGAACAUGGCGGGUUGGAGGUGUUCUUGCUGUUUCCCGUGCAUUUGGAGACAAAGUACUGAAACCAUUUGUUGUUGCAGAGCCAGAAAUUCAGGAAGAAGAAAUUGAAGGAGUAGACUUUAUAAUUAUUGCAAGCGAUGGACUUUGGAAUGUCAUAUCAAAUAAGGAUGCUGUGGCUUUAGUGCAGGACAUAGCAGACGCUGAAGAAGCAUCUAGAAAACUCAUCCAAGAGGCUUUUGCACGUGGUAGCUCAGACAACAUAACUUGUGUUGUUGUCCAAUUUGGUAUUUCAGAGUAG